CCCCGAACUUCCCGAGUGGAGGGAGGGAAGGAUUGAGUGGAACUGGUCGGGUUGCUUCCCUCCCACAUGGAAGGCGGGUCCUAGCUCCCAGCCCUGCACCCUUGCGGGCAAGGGGCCCCUGGAUGCCGUGAACGGAGCCCCGGCCGCGGAACCAGGGAGCGUGUGCCUGACAUCCUGGCCCUGGUUCCUUCCCGGGGCGGAGGCUGUUUCCCCCAUUGCUAACACCGGGGGACAGACUUCACAGUGGGGUUGCGAAUAUUAAAUGCCCGUACAAGAGGACAGUAGGCGAUGGAGCAAACACCUCCGGCUACACUUCCGGGGCCUCGUCUCCUGUCGGCCUGAGACUUGCCUCGGACCUACCGCACGUGUCCUUCCAUUUUUCCGAGCCCCGGCUCUGCAGAAAUGUACCCGCACUGCCUCCUCUGGGGAACCAUCCAGGGGACUCGGCGAGAAGAUAUGCAGAAGAGUGCUGUGUGCAGGCGAGGUGACAAGGGACACGGUCCCUUCAUCAACACGAUGAGGCCAACAGGCUCCCACUGGCCUGUACCUUUCGCCCUCCAACCUCCCUUGACUGGGAGCUCCCCUGGCCACACGUGAACUGCUCCCGUAUCGGCUGGAAGCAGCCCAUAUUCUAGAAUCUUGUCCCCUCUUGACUCCUUGUGGUUCUAGAAUCCCACCGCUCUUGCAGACUCUGCACUCUAGAACCAAGGGGUCUGCUGCUUCUCCUGGGCAGCGCUGGCUCGCUCAAGUUUCACCGGCUGACGGGGUCUACGCUGCCACCAGGAUGCGCUGGCGGGACCGACUGGCCACGCUCUUCUUCCCGAAAGGCAUGGUGCUCACGGUGGCCUCACUGCUGCUCUUCUUCAUAAACCUGAGUGUCUUCGUGAGUGACCUGCACAACUUCUGUGUCACCCACUACUACGACCGCAUGAGUUUCCAAUACACCAUUGUCCUGAUGUUCUCCCAGGUGAUCAGCAUCUGCUGGGCCGCCAUGGGGUCACUCUACGCGGAGAUGACAGACAACAAGUCUCUUCGGUGCUUGGCCCUGACUGACCUGAUUCUGAAUGGAGCCAUGUUCUUCAACCGCCUGUCCCUGGAGUUUCUGGCCAUCCAGUACCGGGAGGAAACCCACUGAAGCCCGAGGACCGGGCUGAGAAGGGGGAAGGAAAUGGAGACUUUGGUGUCUUAAUAAAGUCUGUCAUUUAUUUCCA